GCAGAGUAAAACCCAGUCGUUAAAAUAAAAGAAACUAUAUUCCUGCGGUGGUAGGGAAAGGCAAACCCCAGAAAUUGGAAUCGGGACUGGACUUGAUUCAUCUUGGAAUUUGCUCUCUCAAAUUCGCACCUGUUCUUGAUUCCUUAAGUGAUCUUGGAUUCAUUCUCAUACCAAACGAUAUGGUUGAUGCAGCCGAUAAAGUGGUGUAUUUCCAAGCGAUCACAGGUCUAGAAGAUCCCGACUUAUGCACUGAGAUUCUCGCUGCCCAUGGCUGGGACCUCGAGCUUGCGAUCUCCUCCUUCACCUCCGGUAAUUCCACCACCCCACGCCCUGAUACUUCCGCCGCCGUCGCCGCCGCCGCCGACGGCGACAUUGAUGCCUCAUCCUCUGUCGGUCGGGCUGAUUCUGUUCACUCCAUGCCACAAUCAGAACCUUCUCCUCCUGGCUUGGCCUGGAAGCUUAUUAAAUUACCGGUUUCUGUAAUUUCGGGUAGUCUAGGUUUGAUUUCUGGCGCGAUCGGUCUCGGCUUCUGGGCUGCCGGUGGUGUGCUUUCCUAUUCUCUUGGCAUGAUAGGGUUGGGUCCCGGUUCCCGUAGGAACGAUCAGUCCUCGGCGCGUUUGAUUCCCGUUUCGGCAGCGGCAUCGGAGGCUAUGGAUUUUGUGGCAGGGUUUGAGAGGGACUACGGCAUCACUCAUCCCAAUUUUGUGAGCGAGGGCUUUAUGGACGCCCUGCAAAGGUCAAGGAAUGCCUUUAAACUUCUGUUUGUUUACUUGCAUUCUCCAGAACAUCCUGAUACGGCUUUAUUCUGUGAGAGGACUCUCUGCUCGGAGGCAUUCGUGGCGUUUGUGAAUGAAAAUUUCGUGUCAUGGGGAGGUAGUAUUCGGAAUAGUGAAGGGUUUAAGAUGAGUAACAGCUUGAAGGCUUCUCGGUUUCCAUUCUGUGCUGUAGUUAUGGCGGCAACAAAUCAGAGGAUUGCACUGCUUCAACAGGUUGAAGGCCCAAAAUCUCCUGAGGAGAUGCUUACGAUACUACAGAGGGUGCUAGAAGAAAGUGCCCCGGUUCUUAUCGCAGGAAGACUUGAGGCAGAAGAAAGACAAAACAAUAUUCGCUUAAGGGAGGAGCAAGAUGCUGCUUAUAGAGCUGCACUUGAAGCUGAUCAAGCCAGGGAAAGGCAAAGGAGAGAAGAACAAGAACGCCUUGAAAGGGAAGCUGCAGAAGCUGAGAGGCUGCGCAAGGAGGAAGAGGAGGCUCAAGAAAGGGCAGCUCGGGAAGCUGCGGAGAAGCAGGCUGCGUUAGCUCAAAUACGUCAGGAAAAAGCCCUGUCGCUUGGUGAAGAGCCUGAGAAAGGACUUAAUGUUACACGGGUUUUGAUUCGCUUUCCAAAUGGUGAACGCAAGGAAAGGAGGUUCCACAGCAACACGACAAUCCAGUCAUUAUAUGACUAUGUUGAUUCGUUGGGUUGUUUAGAAGUCGACGAUUACAGUCUCGUAUCCAAUUUUCCUCGGGUUGUUUAUGGACAAGAAAAGCUUACUGUGUCAUUGGAGGAAGCAGGAUUGCAUCCUCAGGCAAGCCUGUUUGUAGAGCUAAAUUCAUGAGAGGAGGACUCUAUAAAUAAUUUGAAGAGUGCUUGAAGAUGGGGCUUAGAAGUAGGAGAUUCUCAGGUGUUGAAACUUUUUAGUUAUAAAAAAUCAACUUGAGAAGCACUUAUAAUUUAAAAUAUAUUGUUGCUGCUUCCAUGUGUAACUUCAACUUAUCUUAUUUCUCAUUUAUCAAGCAUAGAGCCUUUCAAAAAGAGGAUUUAGAUUGAUAAUAAUAUAAUUUUGCAUUCA